CAUGAAAAAAAUGAAAUGUCUUAUAUUAUAUGUAUGGUUACUGCUUUUGCAAUACCAUUCCCUCAACGCGUCUGACACAUUUUAUGUUUCAAUUCAGGAGGAUGAAACUGGUAUAACAGAUCGGGUGGUGGUGAGACCAUUAGUGCCGUGGACUGAUGUAAAUUUCAACAGCUUUUCCAUUUGUUUCUGGGUGUACAGCAAGUUUCAAAAUGAAGCAAUUAGUGCGUAUGCAACCCUAUACAUCGUCUCUAAAGAGGUUCCUUCCUUCCCAGCCUUUGGUAUUUACUCCUAUGCUGAUACUGAAGAUGGACAUGAUGGACGUAAUGUAAAAAUAGGCAUCGAUGUAGAUGAAGCAAAAGUGGACAUGGAAAGCAAACUUGGUCAACGGAGGUGGGAUCACAUUUGUCUGGUAUACUCUGAAAACAAAGGCAAAAUCUAUGUCAACGGAGAACUUUCUUCUGAAUUUGGGUUGCCCUCUCAAGCAUUUGAUUUUGUGAAGGAGUUCAAAAGUGAGACUUUUGAAAUGAUGCUCGGACAAGAACCUGACUCGUGGGAAGGAGAUUUCAAUCCAAAACAGACCCUGAGAGGACGAGUAUCAGAAUUUAAUGUUUGGGACUCUGAGAUAUCCAUGGAGAUGGUCGGUGAAAUGGCCAAGUGUAAAACCAAACAUCAGGGAAAUAUUGCCAAAUGGGAGGUUGGCAAUUGUGAUUUUAUCAAUACAACACCUCAGAACAUAAAACUUGAAGAGUUCUGUGCACCUUUUGAAAAAUUAUUUAUGGUUACGGAAAAAAUGCUGUUUCAUGAAGCAAUUACUUUUUGCAAGAUUCACGAUGGGUAUCUAUAUUCUCCAAGCUCGGAGGAAAAGAACCAACAAUUUUUAUCAAUGCUUAAAGAGAAAAAUGACGAAUGUGUGAUUCCCAAUAUUGGACACACCGAAGGUGUUCUGUCAUGGAUUGGACUGGUAAGAAAUGAAAAAAAAGAACUGUUAAAUGUUAAAGAUGAGAAGUCCCCUGCCUACACAAAUUUUGUAAGGCCACCGAAUAACAUCAGUGCAUGCUUCAUUCUUAGAACGGAUGGAUACUUCUAUGCCUCUACUCGGGAAUGUAUCUCAGUUAGAAUGUGCUUUGUUUGUGGACUUAGCGCUGACCCUAUCUACUCGCUCAGAGGCCUAUGCUUAGAGUCAACCUACACUUUGAACUACUAUUUAGAACCAACAGAUGAAGGUUUGUCCUAUGUUGGGUAUAUGAGUGGAAGUAUUCAGGGAAAUAGUUCCCAAUGGACAAUCCUAAAUGGAAUCCCUAGUGAAGGAAAUAGCAUAUUAAAAUCCCAUAAGAAACCUAGAGCUCAUCCCUUGGGACGAAAUAUGUGGGAAGUGAAUGAUACAACUUGUGGACGAGAUGAUGUGUUGACCCAGCUGACCCUCUCAGCCUGUAGUUCUUCAGAGUACUUUACAUGUGACUCUGGAGAAUGUGUCCAACUACCUACCCGAUGUAAUGGAACCUUGGAGUGUUUAGAUGAAUCAGACGAACAUGAUUGUAGCAUGGUUCAAGUCGAUGAAACUUAUAUGAAAGCAAUGCCACCAGAGUUACCAGGGGGGAUUAAUCCCCUGAACAUUAGCCUGCAAAUUCUUCAAUUUGAUAAGAUUGACACACUAGAGUUAACAAUAACGUUAACAGUGGAGAUUAGAAUUCAAUGGAUAGACCCAAGGAUAACACUUGAUAGUAUUGAUACAACUGUGGACGAAGACGGUAAAAUUGUAAAAACAGAACUUGAAGAAAGUUCUCGGGAACAAAUGUGGCUCCCAUUGGAUCACAUUUUCUUUUACAACGGAAUUCUGGGAACAACUGUGGUGGACGACAUUACAACUGUGACAGCUAACCCUACAUCAGAGCCUAAACUUCCUUCAAGGGAAGACUCUGUCAACUCAAUUCAAUUUAAUGGAAUAGAUGCCUAUCUAGUUAUGGAGAGAAAGUUCCAGGCAACUUUCUUUUGUGAAAUGGAUAUUUUUAACUUUCCAUUUGAUAAGCAAAGCUGUCAAGUCACCAUCGCUAUAAGAACCCAAGGUGACAAUUCAAUCCGUCUGGUUCCAUCAGAAGAUUUCCUGCCGGUUGAGUACCAAGGAUCAAAGAAUCUCAAACUUUUUCAGCUUGGUGAAAUCAGUUGGGAGGCUGAGGUAUUUGGAAGAAAAAGUCUAUUUCACAUCAAGAUCAAUCUAGUCCGACUAUACUCACAGCUCAUGCUCUCAAUAUUCUUGCAAACCUUUAUUCUCUGGAUUCUGGCUUAUCUAUCAUUCUUCAUUACGGUUGAUAACUUUACGGAUCGUUUUAUGGGGGCACUCACUGCACUUCUAGUUAUGGCGGCAUUGCUCAGCACCAGUAAGGAGAACGUUCCACCGACCUCUGGACUUAUCAUGAUUGAUAUUUGGUUUGUUUGGUUUAUCGCCAGUGUGUUCCUGAUAACCAUCAUUCACAUCUUCAUCGAAAAUGUGGAAAACACGCCGCUAUGGACUAGAAAACUGAAGCAAGCAGUGGAGAAGGACCUCUCUUACAUCGACAAACUCAAGAAUAAGAUUAAAAUGAUGGGGAGAAGGGAGCUGCUGAAUGUACUUGCAGAAGUAUUCUUUCUUUUGAAAACAUUACUUUUCCUUAUCAUCUACAUUGCAAGCACUGCAAACAUGCAAUAAGCUUGAAUUACACCUUCGCUAAAAAGAAAAUUUUCAAACUGCCUUUUAAGCUAUUUGAUUUGAGUGACAAGAUACGCUUUUAGUUGAAUCUUCUUACUGAAAGCAAAUAGAUUAUCAAGUACAAUAGGUGGCAACAGAGAAAUGGACCAAUUAUACACUAUGUCACAAGUGUCAAA